GGUGUCUUUCCCAGUACUGAUUGCAGUUGUCUAUUAACUUCCUCUUUCUUCUCUUGGUCCGCAUUAUUUGUAGGUGCAUAGCGUAGCAUUAUAUGAUUGUAGCUUUCCUUCCUUUUGACUUGAAUCUUGCUGUCAUGAAUGAUGCUGGAUGAGGAGAUUGGUUCACACUGCAUAAGUGCCUUGGAUGCUGUUGGGGACAUCAUGAUAGCUACUCCGUCAGUGUGCUCGGGGUGACAAUCUGGGUGACAAUAUCGGAGUAGAUCAUUGACUCUCCAGUUAAGUGUGGAAAGUCCACCUCCAUUCCAUCUGCUCUCGCACAUUCCUAGCACUUUAUGCUAUAUCUUCGCAUUUCUUUUGCAAUCUGGGCAGCCUUGCUAGCCAGCUUCAAACAUUGUGCGGACAUUUCAUGUCCUUAUGCUUACGUUUGCUUUUGUGGAGAUAAGACACAUCGGCCAAUUGGCUUCACGAAGGCUUUCACUAACCGGCGUCAUUUCGUCUCCCCGAUUUCAGCGAAGAAUAGGUUUAUUUUUGUUUUUUUAUAUUUUUUCUGUGCUUUGAAGUUUCUUUGGUGACUGGAUUGAUUAUCCGAGGUAGUGGUGCUGGCCCUAUGCUCAACCUUCCCUCUUUUUCUGGGCUUAGGACAGGCUAGUAAACUAGGCGAGGUUUUGUUCAUCAUACCUUUUUCUAAAACUUGUUAAUACCAUGAUUUAUACAUGUACUUUGUUUUUACCAGUUUCUUGUGGUUUUCUUACCACUUGCAUUCAUUAUUGUCAUUCCUUUGUCUUUCUAUUUAGAGUUACAAUACUGAUAUAAAGUGUGCAACUUGAGGCAGUAUUGAGUUUUACCAUAUCCUACAUUGUCUGCUGAUUGUGCUGAUAAAACUAUGAUUGUUACAAACUAACAUACAUCUGUGUUGUUUUAAGUCCUAAAAUAUGUGUGAUGAUAACAUAGGAAGAAGGAUAAGAACAUGUAAUAUCGGGAUAUUACUAUUUAUUAUGACAGGAACGUUUGGAAAGUCAAAAUAUGUAUUUUUGAAUUGAUUCAUACAGUAGUACUUAGUUUCUAAAAGAAUUUAUUAUUAAACUCUGGUUUGAAUUUUGGUCACUUCAAUAAGUAACAUUACCUUUUGAUUACCUUAAAUUUCUCUGUGGUAAUCGAACCAACAUAAUUUUUCAGAUAAUCACACUAUUAGGCAUAUGUCAGACAGGCAGACAAAAUCAACGUAAAGGCUCGCAAAGACGUGCGUCGGUUCAAGUUGCCACACUUCACAGGAGCGUCCGAAUAACAAUUGGGUUGAAAAGGAGUUAUUUCAAAGUAAACGGUAGUGUAUGGGAUGAGAAGUAAUUGGAAAGUCAAGGUUAUUAAAAAUGUUCAAGCUUUAGACGGCAUCAAAGAGUGGAUACAUGGGUGUCAUUGUAAACACUUUUAACUCAUAUCACAUAGGGUCUCCAGCUAUUAACAUGUGCAUGACAUGUCCAAGCUACCUCAGUCGGGGAAGGUUCAUAACUACAACUGAUUCACCUUCCUUGCCUAGUACUCUUUAAAUAACCUUGGCGUUGCGGUUUUACCUUGCGCAAGCAAUGCUGAAAGGGCAACUGUGUUCCAAAACGUUGAUUCUCUUGAUAUUUCGUUUUAGCGGCCAUAUCUCAGCCGCAUAAUAAGACAACGGACUGCAGUGAAGCAUACCCAUACUUUGAUAGUUAGUCAGAUAUGUCGCCGGCGCCAGAGAUGACUCAAUUUGCAGUGACUCUAAAGGCCACUCAAGCAGCAACUGAAAACCAGUCGUUUCUAGAAUGGGGCCUUAGGGUCACAUAAGUUAGCAAGUCCUAGAAAACCUUUUUCAUCAGAAUUGGAACUACGUCAGCAAAUAACCGAUUUGGACUGAUGCAAGCUUUUCAGGUAAGUCAACCUAUUCUACCAGUUAACUUCCAAUAGGGAGUAAGUACUGUUCGUGUUCUAAACACUUAGUUAGUUAAAUUUACCGUCAUGAUAUAGUGAUUCGAUUUUAAGCGCAACUAACCGACAUUAUUCACUAUUAACGUCGAUGGGAAUUGUUGCCUAGAUACUUAUUAUCAAAUUUUAGUAACAUUCAUGUACGCAGAUUGCUCUUUAUUUUACGGUAAAAGCCUGGUGGUGUCAAUUGUUUAUGUUCUGCACAUUAAAUAAUGCAUCAUUUUAAUUGUUAACAACUGAAACCUAGAAUAUAUUUGGGCAAAAUAUUACCUUUGCAAAAUUAUGAUUGUAAUUUAAUCUUGUUGACAGUUUACACUUUUCUAGAUUUAUACUCAGACAACUUUAUCAUCGCUAUGCUUUUGUUGAGCAAAUGGAAAUAGAGUUAACAUCAAUCUUGUUAUAAGAUUACUUUUGGUAUGUUAAGUUUCCUCACCUAGAUAAUUUUCCCUCUAAUGAACUCAAUUUCGGAUACAAAUUUUUGAGAAAAGCAUGUAUAGAUAGGUAUACUGAUUUGGUUCAACAACCCUUGGUAUUGGUGAAGAGUAGAAAGGAAUGUAGCUUCCGUUAAAAAAGCGAUUUUACACUGAAAUAUCUGCUAUGGUUUCUGUUUCUGUUCUCCAACUGCUGGUAAUGGGAAAUUGUGCACUCGUUAUAGACUGCAUUCGACAGGUUAAUACAAGUAGCUACAUGCAUACAAAUAUUUAUAAGUUGAGUUAGGCUGUUAGUGUGAACAUUUUGAUUACAGAUUAAAGACAAGUUUUAUGCGUCGAAGAUUUUUACGUUAAUCAAGUAUUUAAUGUUACUUUUGAUUUUAUCUUGAUUUUCUAGGUGAUCGUUCUUUGUUAAAGGGUAAACGUAAAGCGCCAGUUAAAGUGACAGCUAAAAUACAGCCUUUUCUUGAUGUUUGUACUCAACCAUUAAUUGGACUCAAUUAUAUGCUCGAGUAUCAACUACAGGAAUUGGAUGAAUGUUUGUAUAUAUGUAGCCUCUGUAACCAGUGGUUACCGCGAAAAUCAGUGGUAAAGCAUCUAUGUAGUGUCGUCCAUAGAAAAGCUUAUCUUAAUACACAUUACUUACCUCUGUUUAGAAUUGUUGAUCGGGAUCAUAGUGAUAAGUCUCUUCAAACAUGUAGACUGGAGGUAUAUGCCCGUAAGAUCGAAGAUUUCGAAGGUAGAAAACGUCUUAUCAUUAAAGAGUAUUCUGUAAAAGACCUCGAUCUUCAGAGUGAAAUUGUACGCCUAAUUCAAGAACACAAUGAAGCACGUCUUAUGAAAAAAAAAGAAAUUGAAAAUUCGCCUCAGUCUCUAUGUGAUCAGUCUAUCUCUAAUACGCCGGUUUCAGCAGACCUUGAAGAAGGCGAGAUUAGAGAAGAUUCUUCUGACGAAGAAACAACAGCAAUUGAAGAAGCAUUGGGUUCUCCAGAUUCCAAUUCCAGUUUCUUUACUCGUUACAAUGUUAUCUUAAAGUCAAUUGAUAAAAAAAGAAACAGUGAUACGAGUGAUGACACAAGAAAACUAAACAUAAAGUCUCAAUUUGUCAUGGGGGCUAUAGCAUCAGGAAACAAGGAUGUACAGUUGAACGGUGAAUCUAUGGAUGAGACAACUAUCACAGAUGAUGAUUGUGAAAACUACAUUAUGAAACUACAGCAGGAAGGUCUGUUGGGACUGAAAGCUAGUAGAUCCAACGGCAAGAUGCAAAAGGAAUGCACUUACGUAGACCACUUUACAAAAGAAGCUGACUGGGUUUUGGAGAAACUGAAAAUACUAAAAAGUAAGCACGAAGAGAAUCUUCGAAGAAUAGCUGCCGACGUAUCUGCUGCCGCCAGAAUUAAGGCUGCUAAGUUAACAAAUAUCGAAAACUCUACACUUCAUCAGUAUGCUAUCAUACACAAUUCUUCCUUCAACCAUUUUGUUGACGAAUUGCGAUAUGAAAAUAGUAAUUUGAUGCUACCGUCACUGGGAGCGCCAGUAGGACCCUCAACACCUACCCGUGUGAAUUACAACUAUCCACCUCCUAAUAUUGGCAAUUCAAAUGAACUCAGAGGAAAUAGUGGUGAAAAUAACUCUCGAAUCACUCUAUCGAGCAGUGCAUUUAACGUUAUACUGUCAGCUAUCGAUGCCCUAAAGUCUUCUGGACAUUUGCCUAGUGGUUUAAAUCAGUCUGUGAAGGAAAACAAUACUAUGAACACUCAUAUAAACACUUCUAACCAACCGGUCAAUACUGUAGAUAAUCGACAAUUACCUUUCUCUUCACUCAAUCAAGUGUCAAGAAAACCUGAACAGCGUAUGCCAGAGGUAUCAGCAAGCACCACUUCUUCAAUCACAACCAUGCAGUACCCUAACCCUCCUCCCACUGACGUCCCACGAUCAACUCCUGUUCCAGUCCCAUCAGAUCGUGAACCAGUAGACAGUCGUGCGUAUUCUCCUCAGAGAGCGUAUAGAUGUACUCAAAACCAAGCGGUCACAACAUCUGCAUAUAAUUGGCAUAUGCAAAACAAUCCCGCUUUCAAGCCACUCAUCGGUGCUUAUGAACAACAAAAUGAAAUGCACCAAUCAGGGUCAAAUGGCUUUAAGAAUGAUGAAAAAAUAUUCGAUGCAUAUACUAUCUUUUCAAAGCGCUCUGAACGUAAAAGGGCGCAGAAACAAAGUUGGAUAAAAACUCCAAAGUACUUCAGACGUGAUUUAAAGAAUGAAGCGAAUCAUGGGCCAACAAACACUACUCAACUUAACAAUAUGACUGGAAAAAGAUUAUCUGCCAUUGCCGAUUUUCUAGGUGUAAAUGAACCGCCUACUGAAAGGAAACGAAUUCCUUCGUCAAAUCAACUGGAAAAAUGUUCAGCCACAACUCUACCUUAUCCUUCGUAUUCCUCCAAUAACACCCAACAUCAAUCAGCUUUAGGUCAUCUUCCGUCAUUUCCUGAAUCUAUACGUUCCCCCACAAUGUACACUAAUCAGUUUUCUCAUCGAAAUACUCCACUUCCUUAUAAUAAUUUUAUGAAUGUAUCUGGACCUUCUCCUUCUUAUGCUGCCACUUCUAAUUCAUAUCCUCCCACCAAUUUGUUCACAACACCUACACAUGGUUCUUUGUGGCCUAUCCAUGUUAAUUCCAAUUUUUCAGCAUCAAAUGCUCCACAGACACUACGUUUACCACAGUGCAGUUCCUCAUUUUUUCCUAGAUGAAUUCAAUUCGUUCAUCUAAUUUGAGGUUUUUUUCCCAGUGAGAUUUGAAGUAUUCUAUGCUUCUGUAUAUUGACUAGUCACUGAAUCUUUUAUAUAUAGCUAUGUACAUACAAUUUAAUAAAUUUUUUAAUCAAUUUGC